CAAAUCUCACGUUCCCAAGCUACUCAGCCUGCUUUUGUGUUCGUAAUAAAAUCCUAUGUUUGGCUCAUCAAAUUCCGAAAAACCCACUGGUUUAUUUGCUGGAAUAUCAAACAAUCCCUCCGUAAACUUGUUUCAAGUUCCACCUGUUACGGAUAGCAACAUUCCAGGAUCAGGGUUGUUUGGUAACCUAAAAGCAACUACGGAAUACAGGAUCGAUGUUAAAGAAUCAGGACCUAGUUUCUCGUCAGCUCAAACAAGCGGAAAGAAUAGUGAUGUCUCAAGAAAAGUUUUUCAUCCUCUCCGAAGUGGUAAUGGUUUGGACAAAGAUCAAAAUGAUCGUCAUACGAAUGGUACCAGUGUGAAUGACAGUGCACACAGUAGUUAUCUGGAUUUUGUUGAAUCUUCUAAUCAUGAAACAGAGUGCCUAUUUUCAAAUAAUGUCCGAAAUGAUGUUAAUUUGUAUUGGCCUGCAGUCAAAUUAUCCCGUCUACCGAUUGGAUAUAACACAAAGAAUUUUCUUUUGAAUCACUUUCAACAUUUUGGUCGUAUAGAACGAAUUAUAUGUCAACCUUCUAUGGAUGCCGCUUAUAUAGCUUUUGAUUCAUUGUCAUCAGCAAAUCGAGCUAAACGAUUAGGACGUGAAUCUGUUACAUUGGCAAAUAGUGGUCUACCUAGUUCAGUUCUUUUUACAAUGGCACGAUGUCGUCGGCAAGCUAAUUCUGGUUCAUCUAAAUUAUGCCCGAUCAAGAGUAAAACCAUUAAUUCUUCCUUGUCUCCAACGUGUACAGCACAGAAAAAAAUCACCACACCACAGUCUAAUAUAAAGCAUGGAAUUGACAAUAAACAAUUUUCUAAUACAUCUAUUAUUACAAGUGAUAAUCAACCAUUUCGUAUAUCAAACAAUAAUCAAUUAUCAUCGAUAUCAUCACAAAUAGCAUGUUGUACACAAUCCACACUCUCCUCUAUUCCACGACCAAAUGUAUCCGUCUAUAAUAAUAAUAACAAUCAUCAUAGUUUAUUUAAUUAUAAAUCUGCAAAUGCUACUACAUUAGAUGAACGAUUAUUUGUUUUACAAGAAUGUUAUAAACGUGAUUGUGAAUUACGAUCUAUAUCCAAAUCAAUUGAUUCAACCAUUCCGUAUACAGAUAUAUGCAACAAUCCUACAGAUGAACCAAUUCAUCAUGCACCUAUAAAAGGUACAUGUGAAGAUAUGUGUCCUGAAUUGGAACGUUAUAGUCGAGCAGCUCAUCAACGUGUAUCUAUAUUUGAAUGUUUACCUACUACAAUCAAUGCUAAUUCCUCUGCUUGGGAAAUGGAUCAUACUCGUGCUGUGAAAGAUUAUCAACGUUCUUCAGCUGAUCAACCUGUACCUUUACCUAGAGAACUUCGACCAACCAGUGUUUUACACCGUACAAUGGCUUAUUUACUAGCUAGUAUAGCUGAUCGUCCAGAAAUUGAUACUAAUCGUAGUUUAUGGAAACCGUGGUAUGAAUUUAUGUGGACACGUACACGUGCUAUUCGUAAAGAUAUAAGACAACAAAAUUUAUGUUGUCCAAUUGUAAUUGGUAUUAUUGAACGUAUAGCAAGAUUUCAUAUAUUUUGUGCUGCACGAUUAGUUGAUCAAUCAGUCGAUGCAUUUGAUCCUCGUAUUAAUUCAGAAAAUUUAACACAAUGUCUACAAACAUUAAAAGAGAUGUAUACAGAUUUAGAUGCAUCAUCAACAACAACAACUGAAAAUUUAUGUCCAAAUGAAGCAGAAUUUCGUGGUUAUAUGCUUUUAAUGAAAUUGAACGAUCAAAAUGAAAUCAAUGAAGCUCAGCGUUUACCUGAUCGAAUACGUCAAUCUAAGUCGGUACGAUUUGCAUUUGCUACACAUGAAGCUCUUAUAACAAAUAAUUAUAUAAGAUUUUUUCGUUUAGCUCGUCAAGCUACAUGUUUAGUUGCUUGUCUUAUGCAUAGAUAUUUUCUACAAAUACGUGGUCAAGCUCUAAUGAAACUUUCUAGUGCAUUUGCUGGACAUCCAAAACGAGAGGUUCAGUUAAUUGAAAGUAAACGUGUUGGUAUUCCAUUGUCUGUUUUAUUCAAUGGUUCAUCUAUCAAUCCAUCUGAUGCAAUACCUUAUCCUGUUCAAUCAUCAUUUGAUAUAAAUGGUAAAUAUAAUAUUGAUUCACACAAAACUCCUACACUAAUUGACAAUGUUCAUGUGACUGCUGCUACUACUACUACUACUGCUACAUUGAAUUAUAACAAUCAUAUUGUUGACAAUAAUAAUAAUCAUCAUAAUAACAAUAAUAAUAAUGUUCGUAGUGAUACAUUGAAUAAAAAGCAAAUAUCUAAUGAAUUAUUAGAAUUUAUUUAUAAUCAAUGCAUUGAUGAUGUACUACUCUUAAACUAUUCGAAAUUUAUUCAAACUAUUCACCUUGAAGAGAUGAUUAUUAAUGAACUAAUGGAAAAAUUAAUUAAAGAUUUUAUUGAAGAACAUCUGAUUGAUAUAUUUCAUAAAAAAUUAAAUCCACUUCGUCAAAUCGAUAAACAGAUCAUAGAAAAUGUCAUCACUGAAACAUUCGAUGUAGAUUUACACAAUUUGGCUCAACGUGAAUUCAUUCUAGAAUUGCUUUAUAAUGAAUUUGUCAAUCAAUUGAUCAAUGAACAAUUGAAUAAAUUAGCUAGAUCAUGUUUAACUUUAUGCAUUUCAACAUCACUUUAUAAUCAUACAUUGAUUAAAUGUUGUUUUAAUCGUUUUCAUUAUUUAAUAUGGAAACGUAAAGAAUUAAUACAACAGAGAAUUUUAUUGAAUACAAUGCCAACAUCAGUGAUUGCUGAUUGUUUACCUUUAUGUUUAAUGAUCAAUAAUAAACAGAAUAAGCAGAAUAAAGAAGAUGAAGAAGCACAUUUAUCUCCAAUUGAUUUAUUGAAACAUUCAAGUUAUUCACGUAUUUCACCGGAAUUAUUAAAAUUAGAUGAUGAACUAAUUUGGUAUCCUUUAAAAUCUUCGCCAAUAUUUGAUCAAUAUCCAAUUGGAUUGUAUAAAUCUAUUCUUAUAUCCAAUAAUAAUAAUAAUACUAAAACUUUACAACAUCAUUAUACAAAUAUUUUCUAUUGGAUUUCACAAAAAUUAAAACAUUUUCCUUUAAUUCUAUUGAACAAUGAAUGGUCAUCAUCAACAUCAUCGGAAUUGUUCAAUAGAUUAUCUGGUCUAAUUAUCAUUGGACAUUUUCAUCGAUCCAGUAUUACUCGUAAACAAUUAUUGGAGAAUUUCAACAAGAGCCUAAUUGAUAAUCAUCGUUUAUUUAUUUUAGCUGUAACUUAUUCAUCAUUCAGCAAUGAUAAUAUGGCUUGUGCAACAUUGAACACCAAUAUAUUGAAUGAUGAUAAUGAUGAUAUGUAUGUGUUAAAUUUAUCAAAUUCUCUGUUGACUGAGAAAAAAUUUCAACUGAAUCCAUUCUGGUCAAUUCAAUUACAACAUGGUAUUCAUUGGAUAGAAGAUUGUUUUACACAAAUACUCAUGAAUAAGUGUUGUUUAAAUUAUACAAAUCAAUAUGAACAUAAUACUACUAUUCAGAAAACAUAUACCUUGCCAACCUCAUCAUCAUCAUUUGAAAUGACUAAUUUGUUCACAAAAUUGUAUAAUUCAAUAGAUGAGUACAUUGAUCUGACUGUACUGCGUCCUUUGGCUAAUUUAUCUGAAAGUUGGAAAUCGUGUGGACUAAUUGACCCAUCAUUAAAAUCUUUAAUUGAUCAAUAUCAUUCAAUUAUCUCAUGUCUAUUGACUGAAUUAAUUCCUAAUGAUAAAAUUCUCACUGAUCUAUUUCAUGAAAUUCUUAUACUACCAGAAAAUAUUCUCAAUUUAUUAUGUAUUAAUUCACAUGAUAAACAUGAACAUGAAACUAAUAAUUUCACUCUACUGUCUACAUCAUGGAAUAUGUACAUUGAAAAUUGGAUAAUUGUUUCAAAACAAUUACAUUUAAAUGCAACAAUUAAUCAAUGGAUUCUUACUUGUUUUGAUAAAAUUGAAAAAGAGUUCACAUUACACAUGAAUAAAUUAUUCAUUCCUAUGAAUUCUUCAAUUGCUGCUGCUGCAUCAUCAUCAUCAUUGUCAAUUGAACAAUCACCUUCACCUUCAGUGUAUUUAGCGCCUAAUUUAAAUUUGUUUUUUGCGCUAGUUCGAAAUUGUUUAAAUAAUCUAUCAAAUUUACUAUUGAACAAUGAGAAUAACACAAAAUUGCAUAAUAUUGAACUAGUUCAAUUAACUAACAUGUCACGUACCAUUACAAAAUUAAUUUGUCAAAUUAAACCAGACAACAUUUUGAAUCAGUUGAUUGAACACUUUAAAAAAUUAAAUGAACCAUGUAUGACACGUACAAAUGCAAUGAAUUUAUCAUUGAAUCAAUUUAAUAAAAAUAAAAUAGAAACUUAUUUACAAUCGAUUGUAAUUAAACGAAAUGCAUUCAAUACAAAUUGUAAUAGACAUGAAGAAUCAUUAUCAAUGCAGCUGCAUACAUUAACAUCGAAAAUUCGUAAAUUAGAAAAUUCCAUGAAUGAGACAAUGAAAGAAACAUUAUUAUGACUGAUGAUCAUCAAUUGUAGACAAUAAAUAAAAAAGAGACUUAUUCAAUGAAAGUGAAAUAUUUUUUUUUUGUAUAAAUUAUUUUCUAAAAUGCCAAUUUCUUUUGUUGUUUUUAUUUCUCUUCUUGUAAACAUUCGUUUUUUCUCUUUUUCCAUUGUUCUCCUUGUGUUGUAAAUAAUCUCUGUGUACACAUCAUUAAUUGUUGAAUAAAAAAUUUUUAAUUUGAAAAUAAAUUUCCCCUAUUUCAUAUUGUUCAUAAAUU